UCACGGGGAUGAGCCAGACUGUAGUCUACCCUCAUCUUUCCCCCAGGAGGCUCUGCUUCCCAGCCCCUUUGUUCAGUCUAGCCGGUGGGUUGAGUCAGUCAGAAGGAGGCUGUGCUAACCCAACAAAUCCAAAUCACUGUGGGAACACCGACAAGAGAAAGAAGAGGCCGAAAAAUAUAUAUAUCUGGGACCUGUUUAGUGAGAGGCGCACCGCAGGGGGAGAAAAGUUGUUCUGAGUGUUGCUGAUGCUGCGUUUAACGUCGGGAGCCGUCAGGACCUGCGUGCCAUUUAUCGGCUCAUAAAGCAGCGGUUUAAGUCCGUUAUCUUCGCUCUAGUGUAGCCGCCUGAGCUAACACGCUGUUAAAUAUGAACCGGCAGGCUACAUGCUAACCCAUCACCGGCAUAUUGCUGACAGUGUGCAGUUGUUGCCACCAUCCAUCCACUGAUCCACGCUGGCUCUCCCUUUCAGUUUCUGCUCAGCAUCCAUAUUUGCAUCCCAGGGAGUGGCAGCCACUAAUCCCUCCGUUUCCCGUGGCAAGAAAUUCAAAGUUGGACUCUCCUUUUUGGACGCGGUAUUUUCUCACAGGAUGCUAAACAUGGAGAGUGACAGCCACCACUCCCACAUCUAGUGCCUGAUCCAAAAGCCUUCAUCACCCAGGGAGGAGCUCUCAGGUCCCGGCCGUCUCCCUGCUAACGUAGAAUGAACAUGCUCAAGUCCAGCGGAUUGAAAAUCCCUGGGCGCGGGGCCAAGCAUUCCAGCCCAGUGGGAAGGACCUCGGCGGGCGGAACGUCCAGCCCCGUUGCCCCUAAAGACAGCACUGCACUGAAGCCCACCACACCAACUAAAAUCUCUGAAGAGGGGGACGAUGUUUUGGGGGAUUACACUGUUGGUGAGCAGGUCUGGGUCAACGGUGUGAAACCAGGAGUUAUUGCCUACCUAGGGGAGACCCAAUUUGCCCCGGGACAGUGGGCAGGCGUGAUACUGAAUGACCUAGUUGGCAAAAACGAUGGUUCAGUGGGUGGCGUGCGCUACUUCGAGUGCCAACCCCUCCAGGGUAUCUUUACGCGACCCUCAAAGCUCACCCGACAGCCAGUUGGAGAGGGGAGCGACAGCCACUCCACCGACUCAACCCAGAAUCAGACUCAGCAGGGUGGCAGCGGUGCCCCCACCGGCCAACGGGUGGUGGUACCGCUCAGAGAGGGCCUGCUCAACAGUGCCGUGAAAACAGGAAAUGAGUCUGGGUCCAACAUGUCUGACAGCGGUUCAGUUAAAAAAGCAGGAGAUAAGGAUCUUCGAGUUGGAGAUCGAGUUUUGGUUGGAGGCUCAAAGAUGGGAGUCAUACGCUACAUGGGAGAGACAGACUUCGCCAAGGGUGAAUGGUGUGGGGUUGAGCUGGAUGAGCCUCUGGGGAAGAAUGAUGGUGCAGUAGCUGGUACAAGAUACUUUCAGUGUCUCCCUAAGUUUGGCCUGUUUGCUCCGGUCCACAAGGUGAUCCGCAUCGGCUUCCCCUCCACCAGCCCGGCCAAGGCUAAGAAGAGCAAGCGGGUGGCCAUGGGAGUUUCCUCUCUGGCCCACAGCCCCAGCAGUUCCUCCAUCAGUUCAGUCAGCUCGGUGGCCUCCUCUGUUGGUGGACGUCCGAGCCGUGCUGGACUGCUGACAGAGACAUCAUCGCGCUAUGCACGUAAGAUCUCAGGCACCACCGCACUCCAGGAAGCCCUGAAGGAGAAGCAGCAGCACAUCGAGCAGCUGCUGGCCGAGAGGGACCUGGAGCGGGCGGAGGUGGCCAAGGCCACGAGCCACAUCUGCGAGGUGGAGAAAGAGCUGAGUACCCUCAAGGCUCAGCACGUGCAGUACGUCACCGAGAACGAAAAUGCUCUUCAGCAAGUCAAAGCAAUGUUGACCAGCACGCAGAAAGAUAAACUGGAACUGGCCAAUCAGCUUGAAGAAGAAAAAAGGAAAGUGGAAGACCUGCAGUUCAGAGUAGAAGAGGAAUCCAUCACCAAAGGAGACCUGGAGGGAAGAUGCACUCAUGAAGCAGUAUCCUUGAGGUUGGGUAAGAGAACCAAGCAAACCACAGUUGAAGAGCAGAGUCGCAUCAUGCAGCUGGAGGAGGAGCUCCGCCUCAGGAGAGCCGAGAUCGAGAAUCUCCAGGCUCAGCUCAAAGGGGCUGACGCAAGCUCACAGAAAGCUGACCACGGCGAUGCGGCCCAGGGGUCCGACACCCAGCCAGAGACCCUCCUGCUGCGCGAGCAGCUGCUGUCAGCGGGCCGGGAGCACUACAAGGAGAGCAGCGAGCUCAGAGAGAAGUACGAGACUGCCUUAGCAGCGAGCCAGCAGGAGGUGGACUCGCUGAAGGCUGUCGUGGAAAAACAGAAUCUGGAGAUCAGUGAGAUGAAACAGAAAGUUCAACAGGCCACCAAGGAAAAUGUGGAAAUGAUGGACACCUGGAAGGCUAAAUUUGACAGUUUAGUCAGUGACCACCAGCGAUCCUUGGAGGACCUAAAGGCAUCAUUGAGCAGUAGUCAUACUGCUCCCGAAGGUCAAGAGCAGGACGCCCAGGAGCUCAGGGCCACCCUGGAAAGCCUGAAGAUGGAGCAUCAGUUAGAGGUGGAAAACCUCAAGGCCAAACAUAAAAUUGAAGCCGCCAUUCUGACAAAGGAACGAGAGGACCUCUGUGCUCGUCUGCAGGAGGCCAAAGACCAGCUGGCUGACGGCAGACAGACAUGGAGGGCCGAACUGGAGGCCAAAAGUGGAAAGCACGCACUGGAGGAGGCUACAGAUAAGCUACAGAAAGCGGAGCAAAGGCUGGCAGAGAUGGAGAAGCUUCAGAUGGAGCAGGACAAAAGAGCAGAGCAGCUGAGGGAGAGACUGGAGCUGUCAGAGAAGCAGAUGACGGACUACCAGGCUCUGCAGAAAGCUCAGGAGGCAAGCCAAGAGGAGAUCCAGAAACUCGAGGAGAAGCUGAGGGUGACGGCGAACCAGCUCCAGGCCGUCCAGGCAGAACGCUUCACGUCUAAUGAUGCUAAUGUGAUAGAAGAUAAUGAAAUUUCAGAUGAGAAGAUGAAGCUAAAACAGAAUAUAGAAGAAACAAUGGAGAAGUUGUUGAAAAGGGAAAAAGAAGUCUCUACUCUCACUUCCCAGGUUGAAGCCCUCAAAUCACAAAUCGGAGCGCUGGAGGGCAAAGUUCGCGGCGGAGAGAAGAAAGCCGAAGCCCUGGCCAAGGAGAAGAUGCGCGUGGAGGCGGAGCUGGAGUCCAUGACCAGAAAAUCCCAUGAUGCCUCUGGGCAACUGGUGAGCAUCAGCCAGGAGCUGCUGAAGAAGGAGAGGAGUCUGAAUGAACUGAGGGUGUUACUCCUGGAAUCACAUCGCCAUUCGCGGGAUAUGGAGAAAGACCUGAACCGAGAAGUCCACAAGGCUGAGUGGAAGGUCAAGGAGCAGAAACUUCAGGAUGACAUCAAGACGCUGAGAGAAAAACUGCUUUUACUGGGUAGGGAACGGUCCUCCCCUGACCACCGGCGGUACUCAAUGCUAGACCCCUCAGCUCUGGACUCAGAGGUGACCCGCCUGCGCCAGCGGCUGCUCAGUACUGAGGACGCUUUGAGGAACGCUUUGGAACACAACCAGCAAGUCGACCAGCUGGUCCAGGCCAUGCGAAGGCAUCCAGAUAAAAGCCCGGUGCAUGGUGCAAAUUCGGCUAAUGGAAUUCACCACCAGGAGUCACAUAGCACUCAAGACGUUGGAACAACACUGAUAUGAGAGGCAGAGAUGAGAGUGGGACGCUGACAUGAUGGGACACGCUGUGGUGGAUGCCUGCAAAACGUCGCAGUUUACAGUUAAUACCAAAACAGCGAAUCGCUCUCUCAAGUGAAUUUAAGUGUUGUUACAGAAAGCACCUAUUAGCCAGUCAUGAAGACCGCUUAAAGUACUACAAACGGGGAAAAAAAAGAAGAAAAAAAAAAAAGAUAUGGACGUGAAGAGAUUAUCAGUUCAACAACUGCUGAGAACUCAGUGUGGCAAUUUGAUGCUUUACAUUAGUUAGAAAGUCUGAAUCUACAAGUUGAAGUUUUAUCAUUCAGUGAAGUCUGACUGGCAGUUCUGAAUUUUGAUCAAGAAAGCAUAAAGACUGAUGGACAACGAGAAGAAAAACUGGGUCUCAGUCGCUUUUUAUUUAUUACUUUUAUUUUGCUCCUUGGCUUUGUAAUAAUCCUGUCUACUGUACGUGAGCUGAUGGCCUUUUUUUUUGGUUGUUUAAAAAGUUGGACUCAUGUUUCACCUUGCUUGAUAUCUGAUGAGGAUUGGUAGCAAACAUUACCCUUAAUCUAGUAUAAUAUUAACUCAGUUUUAAAUACGCAGCAUCAGGGUACUCUCCACAGUAAUCCAUAACACCUUACAAUAUUAUUGAGAGAAAACCAACAAUCGCUACUUAACCCUGUUCAGUGUUCACGCUCCUUUUUAAAAUCAAACGUGGUGGGGUUAAAAGCCUUCAUAUUUAUGGACAGGUUGAAUGCAUUUUAGAUAUUCUCCCAAUACAUCUGAUUAAUCUUGUCAAACCCAACAACUCAGUGCUAGCGAGGUAACUCCAACUACACGUGUCCUAAAUGAAGUUUUAAUUCAGUAACUGUUUGGGGUCGACAGUGUGUUGCAAUAUAGGAGAAGACGACAAAGUGGAGGAAUGGUAAAAAGCAAUGUUAUGAAACAAGCUGUUUUAGCUCCUCCUCCUUUUGGCCAACUUUUUUUUUUUUUUUUUGAUUGGCCGUCCCUGGCAAACAGGUUUGAGCAGCAGGUCGGUGGGCCUGCUGUGCUUAAAGUGAGAGCUGUUUGCCUGAAAUGACCGUAUUAAGGAAAUCCCCUCUCACUGGUGUCAUACAGAGCAGACAAAUAGACCAACAGUGAAGUCCAGCAACACAACUUUGACUCCUGUACGGCCUCCGGCCGGCUGUUCAGCAUUUCUGUUUGCAACAAACUGGAAAAUUGCCCUUGAAGUUCUCACGUAGCUCCUCGGAACCUUUUGGUCCCAAAGCGCCUUGAUGUCUGUAAACUGGUAGAAGCACGAUGAGCACAAAAUAGUUUAAGUGUUGACUAGAACUCUUUUAAUAAUCAUUUCUCAGCCAACAAUAAAACACAAAUCAACCCCUUCCAGCCUUCGAAUUCGCCAUUCUGCGCCGGCUCAUCAAUACACAUGAAGAAAAAUCAUCUGUUACAGAAUUGAUGGUGAUGAUGUUACUACCAAUCCUCCUUUUAAGGUGUUAGUUAAGGUGGCUGCUGGGUACAUCAAUGAAAAAGUGGUCCUUCUCAGCCAUUGCACGUGUGAGCCCCUUGUUCGCCUGAGCGUGAUCUUAGUGGACGUGGGAGACCUGCUGAAUUCAGCUCUAUGGGACGUUACAGGACGUUUGUAGAACAAAUACAGUGAAAUGUUUCAGACUUUUUCAUCAUCUAAAACCGUCUGUGCAUCAAUACAUCUUUUUCUCCGAUCAGUUUUUUUAUUUACUGUGGACUGUUUCAAUGCUGAUUCCUUCCAUAGUUUUGUGUUAACUAUAUACAGUAUGACAUACAGUAUGAACUGAUGGCAAUGUCCCUGGAUUUCUUUGUUGUCCCUUUCUGAAGUCUGCUGAAGGGCUUUCACAAGAGCUAAAACCCAAACAAUGGAUGUGGGAUGUUGCAUUCGUCCUUUCCCAGAUCGAAAUCAUCCGGAUUUCAUUUGCAUCGAACAUUUAUACUCUUUAAGUCUUCCAAAUAUUGUUUUAUCCAUUUGUCAAACUGAACUAGGGGGAUCCAGUUUGUAGUUGGUCAUAGGGUGCUAUUGCCUCACAGGAGACACUACACAGAGGUGGGGUGGGGGGGUAGAAAGCCUUGAGUAGUUUCCCCUGAGAACACAUACAGGGCAGGCACUGGUCAGCUCAAAUAAAACCUGAAUUUUCCACUGGAUAUUGUACAUGGCCUUUACAGCUGCAGGGUUCAUACCCUUUGGAGUAUUGCUGCAAUGGUUUUGGAGAUUGAGUCAUUAAAUAUUAACCAUGUGGGCAA